AUGAGAGAAUAUCAAGAAGAAUCGAAGACGGUGCUUGCAGAUCUCCAGCACCUGAACCCCCUUGUGGCCAAGAGGAUUCACCCGAAGGCAAGGGCAGUAUCAAAAUUUGUGUUACGCUUUGCUGAGGUCACGGUUGGCUUGUGGAAAUGGAACGACACUGACCUCCCAAAGACGGUUGACUUCCCCAUGGCUGUACUUCAGGACUGGCGUCUUGCUCAGGAUCGACAUUUUGCCUCACAUGACCUUCACUCAACCAGUUUCAUCGCAGUGAGCUACUGCUGGCAUGGAGAUUCCUGGUCGACCAGUCGCUCUUUAACAGACAUAGGCGGCCCGUUGACUUGGGAGAUGUGGAAGGCGAUCUCGCAACUCCGCCAUUCAGAAAACGAGGGUAUUUGGUUGGACCAGUUAUGCAUCAAUCAGGAGGAUGAACGUGAAAAGCAGGAUGCUUUCUAUGCCAUGGAUCUCGUCUACCAGAGCGCCCGACUGGUUGUUAUUGUCCUUGAAGAUAUCUCCCUCAGCUUGGCAGAUUUGGACUUUCUUCGCUUUGUGUGCCGACUAGAUUUCGACGACCAGAGCAACACGUUCCAGCUUUUGGCAAAUAUCACGAGAUUUAAUGAAGUCUUUGAUAAGAUUUGGGCGGCACGGUGCUUUUCACGGGCAUGGUGCAUGCAGGAAUAUCUCAACUCUGUGGAGUCAUGUUUACUGAUCAGCAUCAGCGAAGGUCCACAUGUUAACGCAGUACCAUUUCGGAAACUUUUGUCCGCCCAUGAAGUGAUACAGCUCUACUGUCCUACAAGGCUUGCUGUGGCUGAUGACAGCUCCUUUCUUCUGAACUCCAUGCUGUCAAGAAGUAAGAACUCACCUCUGAACAGGGUGGUGAUUCUAUUUGACAUCGAAUUACAUCCUUCACCAGCAACGUUUAGCAUGAGGGAGGUUAGAGCGGUACGAAACUAUUCGCAAUUGCUUGCUCGAUGUUUGGCCAUGAAUGCAAGAGUAGAGACUGACAAAGUGGCAAUUGCUCUGAACCUCAGCGGACUUGGUGUAUCCUUGGACACUUCAGGUCUAUCAGUGGAUGAGUGUUGCUAUAUAUUCUCCAUAUUGACGCUCAUGAGAGGUGACUGGAGCUGUUUAUGCAACACAGGAGAAUUUUUGCAUGCUCGACGCAGUCUGGGUUCGCCUUUCGGACUCUCGACUAGCUUCGAACGACCUUUGCGACACGGUUGGCUGCGGCGACCGACGUUGGCCAGUGGUGAUGUUUCACAGCUUGUGUUUCCAAAGGCUGGCAAUGGGUACCAGAGACUAAAAAAAGGUAUAUCCUUUGUUAAGUUGCACAUGGAUAUGAGGAUCCUCUCUAGUGAAUGGACUUGGAAUCACGCAACAACCAGGUCAAAAAGGACCGCUGAGACCUUUGCCCGGUCAGAACUUUGUCACUCAAUCGUGGGUUUCCUUUUCAAAGAACUAGAGAGUUCAUAUUCCUACAUACUAGAGCGAUGUCUACCUGCCGUUGUGGAUUGUGGCUCUGACUGGCUUCGUGAUCUAGAAGGCCAGAUACACAGCGCACGGUCUUCAGACCCUUUGGAUUCGAUAAAGAAUCAGCGAGCCGAGGUCUUAUCUCACGAUUACAAUCUCGACCCAGAAGACAUCGACAAGCUGCUAGAAUUUGUCUUGCAAGCAGUUUCAGUACUAUUUCCCAACGAGCCUGAAUCUCGACGUCAAAAGCUUUCGCGUCCACUUUUACGGCUGAUUGAUUUUCUAUGCUACAAUAACAUCCCGUAUAUAUGGCGACUUUCGAGCAAGGACGGUAGGUAUCAAGCCGUAUGUGGUGGGCCGUUCCCAGCCAGGCUUCAACAAAACAUUAAGAUAGGGAUACCACUCGCGCUUUUGGAUUCCACAUACUCUUUGUUCAACCGCGUCUGGGUUUUGCGACCCUGUGAAAGUGGAAUGGAGGUGAGGGACAAAUUCAGGGCUCUAGGGUUGGGAGACUUUCAAGACGAAGCAGGUUCAGUGGCCUAUUUUCACGAUGAAGAGAACGUUACCAUCGUUGGGCCCGUUGAUGACCCUAACACGCCCAGGAAUGGCGAUGAACCACCAGCACUGAUCGCUUCUUUGAGCAGGAAGGUCAUGGUGACCCUUGGUCUGUCCGAUGAUGAGAAGCUAAAACAGCGUCUUCCAAGUACCAAUCCCGGUAACAAGGACACUUUCCACCUGGCCCGGUCAAAGACAAAGUUCAAUUGGCUCGAAACGAAUAGAUCAUCAUUGUUGUUGAGUGAUCUGGUGCAAAUGAUGUUCGGAUUGGGGCUGGUUUGGGUGCUGAUACUGGUGACGGAAAUAGUAGAACAGUUUCGGCAAGAAGCGGAAGCUGCCCAGUAG